CCCCGUCUGACACACUCCGUUGGUUUCGUCCUCAGCUAUUUCCGGUGUUGGAAUAUCUACCGUCGCCGGUUCCGGUGCCUACCACAUGAGUAUCCCACGCGGUGAUGACCCCAUUCUUACAUUUUGAGCAUAUCGAACGGUGUCGCUUACUCCUCUGAUAAGGUUUCGUUAUGGGUGGCGUUGAUCACCCCUCGCAACAACAUGACCGAAUUUGGAAAUAAUUACCCGCCGCUUUUUCUGGCUACUUUCCUUACGUUGCUGACGCUAGACUGGAAAUAUGGAAACUUCACUUGAGAAAUAGUAAAACCUCUUAAAGCAUGUCUCCUGGCACUGCAAGUUGGUUUGGAGAAUAUGCGGAAAGAUCUAACAUCAUCCAAUUGUUGCAUGAGUGUUAUUUCUCAAUAUGUCUGCCACGACCCAAACAGAAAACGAGGCGAAAGAGCUAGGAUUCUCUGUGCGUCAAGGUGUCGACUGGUCCAAUUACGUUCUAUAUCGGCCUAUCUACCAGAAUUCUUUUUUCACACACAUAUUCGAUUAUCAUUCCCAAAAACCAGGGGUAUCUUGGUCUAUAGCCCACGAUAUCGGAGCUGGCCACGGGAUAGCCUCGUCAACUAUUGCCUCUCGAUUCGACCACGUAGUAGUUUCCGACCCCAACGACGGCUAUACGCAAAUCGCUCGAAAUCUCCUCGUUGAGCAAAGUGGGAUUUCCGAGUCCAAGUUUACAUUCCUCCAACAAGGCGCCGAAAAGAGCUCGGUGGAAUCAGCGUCAAUCGAUCUUAUCACUGCAUGCGAAUGCAUGCAGUGGACGGACACUGAGGCAGCUGUCGGGGAGUUCGCAAGGCAGCUCAGACCCGGGGGAACACUCGUGAUGACCUACUACACUAGGCCUUUGAUUGUGGGAAACGAGCGUGCUCAGGACAUCUGGAAGGCAAUUUUCGAGGCGUACUCGAAGAACGCAACAGGAGACUUACUUGAUCGAGCCUUCAGAAUCUUAAAUAACGGAUUCGACGCCAUUGCCCUACCCGAGGCCAGCUGGAAGACCGUUAAGCGGGUGUAUAUCAACGCUAGCCAAGGCAUUGCGAGCUUUAAGAUUAAUGACCGUGUGGGAGAAAACAGGGUAGGGAAGAAUGAGGAACGUGUCUGGGUGAACGGUGAUCCGGACUGGUCUGAUAACCAAGACAUCGAUUGGCUCAAGAAGUAUUUUGCUACAUGGGUUCCUGUCUUACCAGAGAAUGAGAUUCGGGGGCUCUGGGAUGAGUUAGAAUGCAUUUUGGGCGGCGAAAAGGUCCGUUUAGAAACACCCAUCGCGAUGGUUUUCGCUACAAAGAGAGCAUAGAGAUUC